UCGAGACGCCUCUUGGCAUAUUAGAUGAAGCGCGUCCACGCUACGACCUCAAAUGUCAUCUUAACACCACUCAGACGGCUAGUCAUAACCCUACCGGCCAACUCGACAUUUGGACCUCCUUAUCCUCAGACUGCCAGUCAUGUAACGAGAAUGCCUCGCCAGCUACCAUGGGCGACGGACAAGAACAGCGGGCCUGAGAAGGUGCCUCCACCAUUGAAGUGCCCCGCAGUCGCUACUUAUCAUACCGAUGACGAUAUUGAAACAGAACGGCGCAAUACAGGACUUGUCCGAGCCGCAUCAAGCUCACCAGUACCACCUCCGUCGCCAUUAGAAGAGGAGUCAGCCUUACGUUAAGCGAAAUUGCUUCACAGGCUUACACAAGACAGGUUUAUGAAAGAGGGUCUUGCUGCUGAUGAUAUAUGGAUCAUGGUUGAAGACGAGUUUCUGGAUACAGCCAAGCUCUUCACGCGACAUCUACACCGUGCGGAAUAUCAGCGACUGAAGAACCUCGCGAAGCUCGAAACCGCGCGCAGGACGAACAAUCUCUCCCGACCCUCUGUGAAUGAAGAUGCGGCAAGCGCAGAUAUCACACGUAUGGAAAAGAGCCGAAAGCGAGACCAGACACAGCAGGCCGCCGUUGCCGGGUUGGCUGCAACCGCGCAUGAUAUUUCUUCAGACGAUGAUGCUCCAUGGAUGUUCGAACCACAUCUGGGCAAGCUCAUGAGGCGACCGCCCCCGAUAUCCAAGAAUCUGGCUUCAGCAGCCGGUAUCAAAUCAAAGAGUCGUGCUGCGGCAGGUUACAAGAAAGCUAGAUUAUCGCCUCCUCAUAGAACCACAAAGCCCAGCGCUGUCUCCUCGUCUGCGGACUACAAUAGCAUGGCUGGACUUGCGCAAGAGAUUGGGGCGGUGAAGGAGAGACUGUUAUCGGAGGACGAGAAUGACCUUGAUGCCCCGGCUCCGGCGCGAUUCUCGCGAAGGCCUGAAGCGAAUCGUGAUGAUAGAGUUCCUGCUGCACAUUCAGUAUCCGUUAAGCAGAAGGCAUCACACAACGCAUCUGAUAUUCAGAAACCAUCAGAGCGAGUAUCAUUAGGCAAGUCAUCAAUAGCACAAGGUUCCACGCAGGCAUCGACCUCCACUCGCGGAUCCAAGCCGACGCCGAAGUCAGACUCGACUACGCGGAGGUCUUUCUACACUGAGCGAUCAGUUCCAAAGGCCUCUUCCGUAGCAGAUGAAGAUGACUGGUCUAUGAAAUCCUCGACCUCGUUAAAGACUCGUGAGCUUCUAAACCGACGUCGAGCUGAGCGAGCAAAGAAACAGAAGGAGGAAGAAAAACAGCAGAAUAACAAGUCGUAUUCGUUAGAUGAGAUACCCACGUUUCUGUUUUGAUGCAGCAUUGAACAUUAUUCUCAGCGAAGCGUUGACAGAUUUUCGUUUACUCUUAUGACUCCCUUGCUCACCUUUCAGCCGCUGGCUUGAUUCUUAGUUCAUGGUAAUUCAUGGUAUAACUCGCCACCGAGCACCGAGGUGUUGAGCUUGCUAAGGGGCACUUGAACGGUGCUAUCGUCUUACCCCUGUUGCAGCAACCGAGCGGUAUCAUCCAUGUGGAGCGGUACAGCCAAGCACAGUCCCUCGCAUGCCAAGUGUCGAAAAUUCCACUCACAUAGUGCACGGCGCAGACACGACCCUUCGCUCAGCCAGCCGGCAAGAAUUACCCCAAGGCGUGUAGGAGAGAGAUGAUGUAGCUCGUGUGAUUACUGUAUAGAUCCUUUCUGGCGUUGGACCAUGCGCUGCAUAGAUGCCGCAUCGCCAUCGCCAUGGAUCGCCAAGACCUAUAUAAGUU